AUGAUGCAUCGUCUUGACCCAACAUUUGAUGGUGGACGCGGAGGAUCUCUCUUGCUUUUUCUCAAGGUUUUCGCGAUGGCGUCCAAGCGAAUUUUGAAGGAGCUUAAGGAUUUGCAGAAGGAUCCUCCAACUUCUUGCAGUGCCGGUCCUGUUGCUGAAGACAUGUUUCAUUGGCAAGCAACAAUUAUGGGUCCUCCAGACAGUCCUUAUGCUGGAGGCGUUUUCCUUGUGACUAUUCAUUUCCCUCCAGAUUAUCCCUUCAAGCCACCCAAGGUUGCAUUCAGGACGAAGGUAUUUCACCCAAACAUAAAUAGUAAUGGAAGCAUUUGCCUUGAUAUAUUGAAGGAGCAGUGGAGCCCUGCUUUAACCAUUUCCAAGGUGUUGCUCUCAAUUUGUUCCCUGUUGACGGACCCAAAUCCCGAUGAUCCUUUGGUCCCUGAAAUUGCCCACAUGUAUAAGACAGACAGGAACAAGUAUGAGUCAACUGCAAGAAGCUGGACCCAGAAAUAUGCCAUGGGCUAA